AUGCCGGGCGCUGCUUUCCGGUGCCCCAGCCGGCCCAUGGCGCCCCGCGGGCUGGUGCUGCUGGCCUUGCCAAGAAAGCAGCUGAACGGCCCCGUUCACUGCGCUGCAAGUCUGGUCGAUUUCUGUGGCCAGACCCUCCAGGGGGAUGGGGUGAUCUUAACCUCCCACCGGGACUCUCGGCGCUUCUACUUCGUGGCCACUGGCACGGACUGCCAGCUUACCCUGCAGGCUGCGUCCCCCCGAGACAAGGUCCAGUUCCAGUUCCGCUUCUUCCUGGUGUACAGCUUGCUGCGCGUGCCUCCCAGCGGCGCACCCGGUGCCGGCAAGAGCCCCCAGCCGCCGGGCUCCCCUUGGCCCCCCGGCCAGCGGGAGGCCACGGGCCUGUGCACGGCGGGCCCCUACGUGCGCUUCUACGACGGCGAGGACCGCUCCGGCACGCCGCUGGGGACGGCGCUGUGCGGGACGAACAUCCCCAGGCCCGUGCGCUCCACCGGCAGCCGCCUGACGCUGCGGCUCGUGACUCGCGGCCAGCAGCCCCGUGUGGACUUCGUUGGCGAUUUCACCUCCCUCCGGACCGGGCUGAACGCUUCGGCUUGCCGCGCCGAGUCCUACUUCCCCUGCCGCAACGGCGCCUGCAUCCCCCCUGGCCUGGUGUGCGACGGCAGCGGGGUGGACAACUGUGGCGACGGCACGGACCAGGCUGCCCAGCCGCCGGCCCGCUGCAAAGGCCCCACCACCCCUGUGCUGCCCCCGUCUGCAGCUAGCGUCCUGCCAACCCAGGCUUCCUGUGCCAGGUCCCGAGACGGCCGGCUGCUGCCCCCCGGCGGGUCUGCCCGGGAUGACGCAGCGCGGUGGAAGCCUCUCCUCGUCUCGCUGGCCGCCCUCGUCGGUGCUGCCGUGCUGUACUGGUGCUGCCGGAACCCUGGCUGGCUGCUCUGGAGGGCCGGCGCCUGCAGACGCCGGCCCGGCCACAGUCCCGCCGGCCACCUCUGCACAUGCUGCCGUGGCCACCGAGCGCUGGCCAAGGUGACCCCGCAGGGGAGCCCCGAGCCCCCUGUGUGA